CCUGUGUCAGCAAGUCUGGUAAUUGUGUCUGUAUUCUUAUGGUCUUUAUGAAAUGUUAAAUCAGAUAUGGUGCUGUGUUUCUUAAUCCACACGGUGUGCCCGGUGAGCGCCCUGUCCGCAGGCGAGAUCCGGAUACUGUACGCACGUGUAUUCGGACCAGAGACCGGAGAUGGUCGUGAUUACACACCGGAGCAGAGGCGACUGAUGCAGAAAGAGAAACUCCACGUGGUAGCAAGACAGGUGAGGAGUGCGGUGGCUCUGAGUAGGGAAGCCUCAGGCAGUCUGUGCACUGAAGCUGUGCUGGGUGAGGAGGCUGUAGCUCUGGGGGAAGCUGACAGGGGGGUGUUUUCCCUGGGCAAUGCCGAGCUGUUUCCAGACAGGAGUGUUGUUCUGUGGCUGGGGGUGCAGUCACUAGCAUUCACUCUUGUCUGCAGACCACACGAGAACCUUCUGCUCGCGGAGGGAGCGCUUCGCAACAUUGCACGUCACUGCCUGGAGGAGCUUCGUCUGCUGGGACCUGGUGCUGAGGUGUUGCUGAAAAGUGAUCGAGUGGACGCAUUGUUGCACAGACUCCUUCCUCAUGGUCAGCUCCUCUUCCUCAACCACCGGUUUGCCUUCAGCCUGGAUAAAGAGAUAGCGAGCUACGUGAGCAAAUGAAAGAGUGUGUGUUUUUGGUUGAAUCACAUUGGUGAGCCAUUUGCCAUAUAUUCAGAGGGUAAUGUAUAUAAAUAUGCCUGAUAAAUACAGGAUGUUCCGAUUUAGGAGAUUUGAAGGAACUACUUCUCCUUUGAAGGUGAAAUGCACACUUCCACGGUUCAAAGAAGGCAUUUGAAAAGUAGAUGUACCCAAUGUGUA